AUGCCGUACUUUCCCGCUGUUCUGCUGCGCCUGCGAUUGAUACGCGAUGGACUGCUGUGGCAGGCGGGUGCACGCCCCUUGGAUCUGCUCCUUCGCAAGAGUCGCAUCGACCUGGAGGAACUCAGCACGCUGAUAUUCAUGUAUUUGCUGCUGUGCAAGCCCCUGGAGCACAUGCUGAGCAGCUGGCUGCAAAAGCGGGGCAGGCUAGGUACCCCCGACGACGAGAAUGGUAUUCACAAUGCCGAGCAUGACGAAGAUUUGCUCGACGACGAGCUGGAUGAAGACCACAUGAGCCACGACGAAACGAUGACGUUGCGACGCGAGGUCCGGGACGCUCGAAACCACUACAACAACAGCCACUUGCUCUUCAACAUUGCGCCUCUGCAGACUAUGCUUAGCCCAGCCUCCAUCUACGCUGCCUUUCGUCGACAAAUGACCACCUACCUGCAUCGGCCAACGCUGGGAGUGGCCACGUGGCGACACGCCGCGACCUUCUGGAUGACAACAUUUGUGACCAAUCGGCUCUUUGCCGACCCCACGAGCACUUUGGGUAGCCUGAUGCGCACCCAGGCACAGCCCUUGGAUAAUAUGGCCAAAGGCAUCUUGGCUACCGCAACAAGCAACCAAUUGCAAGCCAAAAUGUCAUCACGUGUGAUGCUAUUGAAAGACGAUUUGAGCUGA